AUGCCACAACAGCGCUCCGCGCCCCCCACUACGACCCGGCGGUCGACGUCGGGCCCGAGCGGUCGGCCGCUCUUCGCCUUCACCGACACCUUUGCGUCCUUCUCCCACCGCGGCGCCAAUGCCUACGUCGAUUUCACUUUGGAUGAAUGGAAAGCCAUGCUACCAGAGGGAUUGCCAGCAGGGAUGAUGAAGGAGUUUCAAGACACGAGGCGGUGCGCUGUGAUGGUGAGGGAAAGCUUCCUAGACCUGCGGGAUAACUUCCGGAGAAUUGUUGAUCCGGCCAUUACAGCCAAACGCAAAGAGACCAAAAGACAAAUUAUCUUGGAUGGCCCUCGGAGUUGUGGUAAAAGCAUUGCACUUGCGAUGCUUGUGCACUGGGCCCGUACUGAGGGAUGGCUGGUGUUCUAUGUUCCCCAAGGGAAGGAUUGGACUCAUGGAGGAUUUUUCUAUAGAAAUACCUACAGUGAUCUUUUUGAUACUCCUGUACAGGCUGGAAAGGUUUUGCAGGAUUUUUUGAAAUACAACGAAACUCGCUUACAGCAGUUACCAUGUCAAAUUUUUGAGUCUAUUCCCCUGGGAGAAGGUACUGGUGUUGGAAUGAUGAAAGGGGCUGACACAGUGGAAAUGCCAGAAGGGUCCACAUUGUAUGAUCUCAUUCAAACUGGGAUAACCCACUCGCAUGCUGCAGUUGGUGUUGUAGUUCGUUUAAGAAAGGAGCUAUCACAUGUUAAAGAUGUGCCUGUACUGUUUGCCAUUGAUCAGUAUAACAGUUGGUUUACAUUCACCGAGUACCAGGAGCCUGUAACUGUUAGAUCCUGUCGAUCUAUCCACGCGAAAGAGCUUACAACGGUCAAUGCUUAUAGGUCAAUGCUUCACAAUGAUAUGAUGGUAGGAGCCUUCUCACAUUCAACCGCAGUUGGCAAACUAAGACAGGAGCUCCCGGAUGUUCCUUCUGAUGCUCGUCUGCUUUUUCCACGGUACACCGUAGAUGAAGCAGAGACUGUGUGCCACUAUUAUAUGAGGCAAAAGAUUAUUCGACGUGAAAGUUUUUCAGAAGAGAAGUGGAAAAAGAUAUACUAUUUGUCAAAUGGAAAUGGCUCAGAGAUGAGGUGGCUUGCUGCGUUUAUAUGAGGCAGUGAAUACUUAAAGUUAAUUAAUAAUCAUAAUGUUCUGUUCUGAGAACAGUCUGCAGUCCUGUAGCUUCAGGUGUUGUCUGGAUGUUUGCACAAGAUUUGUGCUUUGAUUUGAAAUCCCCGGUUAUCAGUAAUUUUGUGUUCGCUUUUGCAUCUUCUUAUGCAAAUUCUGAUGCCAGGAGUGAUAUAGUAUAAGAAAGCUGCCACUUUGGUUCCAGCAUGCCAAUUUCCCACUGUUGUAUACUUGUACUAUGUCUUAUGGAACUCCUGGGAGCAAAUUGCUACCUAGUCAAAUACCCAAGAUUUUCUCCCCGUA